AUGGAGAAGAUCGCCGACCCAGACGGCGAGAUAAAGCGUAUUUUGGAUGGGAAGGUGCUGGAGGCCGUUGACCGUGGCCUCUCCGCCGCGCAAGAGGACGAGCUGCGGCGAAUUCUGAAACGUCAUGUCGGAGUCUUUCGACUUGAUUUCGGUCGCGAACUGCCCGUUGACGUCGAGCCGCUGAAGGUUCGGCUGAAGGAAGUACAUAGCGUAGCCGUGUCUGUCAAGUGUGCGAUGCGCAGCUAUCCACCGGCCCACAUGGACUUCCUGAAGAAGCAUGUGAAGAGCUCGAGCCUGGCUCGUUUACAGAAACAAUCGUGCGACAUGGGUGGCAGCGCCGCGAAUCGUGGCGAAGAAAACUCCGGGCGAGGCUACUGGCAGCUCCCGCUGCACCCCUCGUGCCAGAUGUGGUACUCGUUCAUGACAUCAUUUGGGGGGUACACGCCUACGAGAAUCCUCAUGUGUCAGACGGACGCCGUAGCGUUCUGUCAGACCGUCGUCAACCAAAUGUUCGGCGAGUUGUUGUACGCUGGCGUUUUGGGUUGGUUAGGCGACCUCCUAGGGUAUGCGGACAGCGUGGACAAGUUGAUCGUCUUGUUGGACAAGGUGCCGGCCAUCUGCGAAAAGGGUUUGUGUGCGUUGGAGACGCCUGUGACCGGCGCCGACCUGCAGCAAUUCGUAUGUGCAACGAAUUGGAUGCGUAGCUCGAUCCCUAACUACGCCGAGUUGAUCGGACCGUUGCGGCAGCUGUUGGAUGUGGCGGCGAAGGCCGCUGGCGGGUCGAAGAAGACAGCGCUGGCGCGCACCAAGCUUGCGGCAGUUGGAUGGGCGGCCGAGCACGACGACUGUUUCGCGGCUGUGAAGGAGACGUUGCAACGAAUGCAAGGUUUCCAUCUAUUCGCGAACCCUCGCAACUUGCUGUACAUCUUUAACCCCUUGGGUUACAACAGCAACAUGGCCCGCUACCAAGCUCACAAGCUCCAACGUUGGGCCAUGGUCAUGACAUCCUUCCCCUACACGCUCGAGCAUGUGGCAGGAGAAGACAACGUGUGGGCCAAGUUGUUGAGCCGCUGGGUGUCGCCCCUGCAAGACAACGAUUUCACCUGGCCAACUGCGGCGACAAUUCUGGAAGUGCUGCAACCUGCAAGAUCAACAGCCGGAGAACAUGCCGUUGAGGACGGCGUGACAUGGAGCGACCAUGAUGGGUUUUUCCUGACCGUUGGGGGGGAGAUAUGGAUCCCGCCUGGCGGCGUUGUGGAACGCUUCGACUGGCCCAACAUCAAGGAAGACGUUAAAGCAUUUGUGAGCAGCUGCUUGCACUGCCUUUGUGUGGACGGCACGAUGCUGCCGCCAGCCGAAAUGGUUCCACCACGCCAGCCGGCUGAAGUACUCUGUGAUUCUGCAUUGGACGUGGCCGACGACUUGAAGGAAAACGCGGCGUUCGGUGAUGAAGGCUUCUUCGUUGAAGCCCUCCUCGGCGCUGCAAGGUGCGCAGAGGGCAAGUACGAAGUGCGCGUCAAGUAG